AUGGGGGUGCUGAUGUCCAAGCGCCAGACCGUGGAGCAGGUGCAGAAGGUCAGCCUGGCGGUCUCGGCCUUCAAGGACGGGCUGCGUGAGCGGCCUGCUGCCAAGCGCAAGUCCGAAGCAGCCGCCAGCCGGCGGGGGACCAUCGAGGACACGGUGCAAGAACUGCGCGAGGAGGAAGGGGGCGAAGGGGGGUCUUCGGCCAGCCCGGCCCGGCAGGAGGAGAGCAACAGCGUCCGGAGGGCAGCCUGGGAGCGACUGCGGGACGGGCGGGGCGUGGAGCCUGAGGAGUUCAACCGCGCCAGCUGCUUCACGCCGCCAGCCUUUGCCCGCCCCACCCUGGGGAAGCACUACCAGGAGCCCCCUGAGAUCAGCCUGGAAGAGCAGGAACAGGUGACCAACGAUGAGACGUGCGACGUCUGCGAGGUGUGGACGGCCGAGAGCCUCUUCCCCUGCCGGGUCUGCACCCGGGUCUACCACGACGGCUGCCUGCGCCGAAUGGGCUUCCUCUCCCAGGACAAGGCCGGCGAGCUCAUCGAGGCCGCCCACACCGAGACCGGCUGGAGCUGCUACCACUGCGACAACCUCAACCUUCUCCUCACUGAGGAAGAGACGGGCACCCUGGCAGAAUCCUUCAAGCAGAGCAAGGUCACGCCAGAGAGUCAGCUGAGCCUGGAGGACUUCCUGCGCCACAGGCGCCUGGCGAGCCAGCAGGAAGGCGAGCAGCAGCAUGACGAGGAACAGGACGAGCGCGACACCCUGCAGUUUGCCGCCCUGGACCCCGAGAAGAAGGGCCACGUGGAAUGGGCAGACUUCCUCUCCCACGAGUCCCUCCUCGUCCUCCAGAGGACUCGCUCGCAGCCUCGCCUAGGGCGCAGAAACACCUCGAGCCGGGCGCGAGCCACGUUCCGGGCCCUGGACCUGCAUGGGGACGGGCUGCUCAGCGAGGCAGAGUGCCGGCACACCCAACACACGUGGUUCCGCAAGCGGCACAAGGAAGCCCCCUCAUGCAGCGUCAGCAUCAGCCACGUGGGCCCCAUGUCGGAGAACAGCCCGACCAGCAGCGGCGGCAGCAGCAGCAAGAGCCAGGAGAAAGGGCUGCUGGGCACGGAGCCGGAAGAGCCCAGCCGAACGGUCAACUGGCUCACCUUCCUGAGAGAGAACACCAUCUACAUCCUGGCCGCACGACCCAACAGCCCCGCCGUCCACCUCCAGCCGCUGGCGGCAGCUGGGGACCCAUUCCUCUAUACAGAUGUGGGAGAAAUCAGCCCCAGCCGCCACCUCCUGCCCCAGCCGCCGCCCAGUCAAAGCAGGUGGGCGUUCCUCUCCGAGAGAUAG